AUGUCGUUAGAAAAUGUGCAGAUGAGUUAUUACGAAUGCUGGAAUUGUGGUUGGCAAUUUCAAGAUGUUGACAAUAUUUGUCAACAUACUUGUUUUUCUCAAUACAAUGAGACAAAGCAUGUCCUCAUAAUAAGUACAAAUGGAGUUGUGAGCAUCAAGGAAUUGUCAACGAAGGAAAAGAAAAAUGCUUCGGAAAUUCGUUUAAUUCAGGCUUAUUACGAAAGGCCAGGUUUAUACAAUAGAGAGCUUCAACAAACAGUAUCUCCAGAAGAGAGAGAACAAAUGUGGCACGAAAUUGCCGAAGCAGUAGGUUCAGACUGCUCUGUUGAUGAUUCAAAGCGAAUAUGGAGGAAUAUGCGGGACCAAUUUAAAAAAGCUUACAAUAAGCGUGAUCCAAAACUGUUCCGUCACUUCAAUAAAAUGUUAUUUUUAACUGAAUGUGAUAAUGAUGGAGACACAUUAAAUAACUUGGUUUUGCAAGAGCAACCCGCAAAUAAUCAUGAAAAUGAGCCUUAUCGAAGACCUUUAGGAGAUCUCAAUAAUGACGACGAUGAAAACAAUAGUAGUGCAGUUACAGAAUUAACUGCAAAUUCUCUAACAAGAACACCUUCCUCAAAAGAAAAUGCAGGCAAAAGUAUACAAGGGAGACCGUCAACGCCGAUGCAAAGGAAAGAUAAAGACAUAAAUAAAAGAGAAGACUUGCAAAUGUUGGUACUAGAAAAAAUUAAGUCACACACAAUUCAAAAACAAGAUCCUACAGACAUGCUGUUUUCAAAUUUCUCUGAAACGUUUAAAAGAUUAGAUACUGUUCGUCAACUUAGAGUACAUAGACGGUUCAUUGAAAUAUUAGAACAUGAGUUUACUCAGCAAGAAAAUCAAAGUCAGUACAUUUCUGACUAA